CCUCAUUCAUUUUAAAUAUAAUUCCAAAAUCUCGUAACACACACAACAACAAGAAAAGCAUAUUUUCGUUGGAAACUCAAUAAGAAGUAGUUAUAUUUGUAAAAUUAGAGAAAAAAUGGCUGAAUCUGCAACCAUGGGAAUGGAGCUAGAAGAAGAGUUGGUGGAUACAGAGGAAGAUCAUAGGGAUGAGAAUGCAAGGACAAUAUUUCUUGCAGAGCUGAAUCUCAUUCAAAUCAUCUCAUACCUUUCAUUAUCAUCUGAAGAACUUGAUUUUGAGGCGCUGGAGAUUAAUGAAAAUGCCAAAGCUCACCAAGAACAUAAAGUUGUUUCUGAUCUACGUUCCAGAAAACGGGGUGGAAUCAAGAAAUACAAGAACAUUGAACCAGAGAUUCAAAGAUUCUCGACCAAGAUUAGAGAUUGCAGGCAUAAUAGAAGAAUGUGAAGAAAGCAACAUUGACUAAAGCUAGAAGCAAGAACGUACCAACAGAGGUUUUUUUCCAGCAGGCCAAUGGCCAUAGAAGCUACUAGGAGUGUACAUGGACCGGGUUGGUUCGGUUUUUAUCAAAACCAAAUCAAACCAACUAUAUCGGUUUGGAUUGGUUCGGUUUUGUCGGAUUUUCGGGUUUUUUUGUUACAUUAAUAUUAUUUCAUCUUACUUUGUUAAAAUUAUAGAUAAAGCUUUGAUAAGUGAA